AUUACAAGUGAUGAAAGAAAAAAUCCUUGAAGCAGGGUUUUGAGAUGCUACAGUCAUGCUUGCCAGACUAUGCUUUUUAUGGCCGUGGACCAAAAGUUGGCCCUGAGGUCAUUUUAACCGACAAUUGCAAAGAGGAACGCAAUGCUCUCAACUCAGUGUGGCCAUCCUGUAAACUGCUUCUAUGCAUUUUUCACAUGCUUCAGCAGGUUUGGAGGUGGCUACAUGAGACCAGCCAUGGUAUCAAUCAAGUUGAUCGUCCCUACAUCCUCAGUCUUUUUAAGAAGAGCUUGUAUGCAGAAACAGAGGAACUGUUUGAGGACUGCUUUUCUGAACUGUUGAAUGAUGACAAAUGCAAAUGUUAUCCAAAUCUUGUUGACUAUUUGGGAACUCUGUAUAUUGAGAAGGAGGCAUUUGCUCUUUGCUUUCGUACAGAACUACGAGUAAGAGGCAACCACACUAAUAAUUUUGCUGAGGCACAGUUUUUAGUACUGAAGGAUACAAUUCUGAGGAAAGUUAAGAAGUACAACGUUGUCGGGCUUAUCAGCAAGCUCACAGUUGAGUUGGAGGACCACUAUAAAGACAAAUUGUUCUCCAUAGCUGAUGGCAGCUUUGAUGAUCUUUACAGACGGCGCUUUAUGGGUAAAGGAACGGAUGGCAGCUCAGGUUUUCGCACUCCUGAUUUAAGGGAACGCGACUUGUAUCUAUCAACUGUUGAAAAGUUCAACAACGAUGUGUUUAAAGUUAGGAGCUCAUCAAAGAACAAUGAAAGCUAUACAGUUGACAUGACACUUGGGAUGUGUAGUUGUGAAGUGGCUAAAGAUGGAAGCCCUUGCAAGCAUCAGUAUGUAUUUUGGUCUGCAAAUAAAGCCCAUUGUAUCAAUUUUGUUCCAGUGACUCAGCCAGAAAUGAGACAGAAAUUGGCUUGGAUUGCCAUAGGAGAAUCACUGCCUCUUUCAUGUUAUAGCACUUUGCGUGCCCAAGAAAGCAGUAACCCUGGGGUAAAUGUACUACCUGAUUCGGAUUCUGAUGAUCAGGAUGCAUCACAGUCCUAUCUUGAUGAAACAAUUCAAGACGUGUCAAUGCCUGACACCACAUCAGUAACUGGUGAUGCAGAAGAUUCUUCUAUUGAAACAGCAGCAGAUGCACUUAUGAAGUCUUGCAAUUUGAUAACAGAAAAGCUUAAAAACACAGGGGAUGCAAACUUAGCCAAAGGUUUCAUGCAAUUCUCGAAAAGAGUUGCAUCUUUGACAUCUCCAACAUCAAUGCACGCAAAACUUACAACUGCCCUUUUCAACUUUGGAUCUGUUGAAACUAAAAAAACAGGAAAGGGAAAGAAAAUUAGAGUACAACCCAACAGAAAAAGAAAAAAUGGGAAUGGAAGCCAGCAGGCCACCCUUAAGGGUAGACCAGUACAGCUGCAGUCAUUACAAGGGCCUACAAGAAAACGCAAGCGUGGCCAUGACCUGGCUAAAGUGGUACAGUCCAACACACAAGGCAGUAAGAAAUCUGGCUCACAUACAAUGAUGUCAAAAACAAAGCAUAUGCAGAGGAAAAAAAUGUAGUAAAAAAAGUUGACACUAUUUUUUAAAUUAUUGUAUAGUUUCUUAUUGCCAUAUAUGACCAUGUAUAAGUCAACCGUGUGUAUAAGUCAAACCCCUAAAAUAUUGUAAAAAUUUAUGUUUUUAUGUUGUUUUGUGUCUAAGUUGACCCCUAGUUUUUCCAGGAUUUCUUAUUAAAAACAAGUGUUGCUACAAAUUACUAAAAGGCUUCUGAUCACUGAUUUGUACUAUUUAAAUGUUUAUUUAAUCAGACAUAUAACAAAACUGUAUAAAAUUCCAAUUCU